GUUGUUGUUGGUUUCGCCUCGACUCGACUCAACUCGGACAUUUAAAACUUAUAUUUCUAGGGAUAUUAUUUAUAAUUCAGCUCUACAGUCAGGUCUCGGCUGAAGUCUUUUCCCUCUCUUGCUCCUGACCCGUGUGUUGGAGACGAUGCGCCACGACGAUUCAGCCGCCAGCCGGAGGAAGGGCGCCACCCCGAAACGUCGGCCCCAGCAGGCGGGACCGAGCACCUCCGGUUCAAAGUCACGGUCGCCGAGGAGGAGCGGAGUUUCAAGGGUUUCUGCUGCUGCGUCUCCAAGGAAGAGGAGGUUUCGUCCAGGAACCAGAGCUUUGAUGGAGAUCCGUAAAUACCAGAAAGGCACCGACCUUCUGCUCAGGAAGGGACCUUUCUCCCGCCUGGUCCGUGAGGUUUGUCAGAGUAUUUCUCAUGAAGAUCUCAGGUGGCAGGUGUACGCACUGAUGGCCCUGCAGGAGGCGGCGGAGGCGUUCCUCGUCCGGUUGUUUGCCGACGCCAACUUGUGUGCCAUCCACGCCAAGCGGGUCACCCUGUUCCCCCGCGACGUCCAGCUGGCCAGAAGGAUCCGAGGAGCCGACACCAUGUGAAAAAAACCCCCACUUUUUUAAUAAGAACUUUUUUUUCUAUGUUCCUGCAGCUUGAGUUUGCGUUCGGCUGCAGAUUUUAAACCUACAACAUCGUUGGGAUUCAUGUUUUUUAGUUUGUGAGAGAAGAUUUUGACUUUGCAGGUUUUUAAAAAAGGACAAAUGUUCACUGAGGUUGAACUCCUUUUUAACAGUAAUCAUCUUUGUCGAGCAGUUAAAUGAAUCUGCUGUCAGUAAUCAGUGCUUUGUA